UUAGCCAGCGUGUAACCAAUUAUGCGUCACCUUAUUGCACUACCGUCUCGUCUCCAUGGCGACAGAAGGAACCCGCCUUUUCCACCCCGGAAGUUGCUGCCAGUUCGUCAAUAUGGGGACAAUCCAUUUGUUUCGCAAAUCACAGAGAUCUCUUCUUGGCAAGUUAACACAGGAAUUUAGAUUAGUAGCAGCUGAUCAAAGGACCUGGAAAAUAUUGCUGUUUGGUGCAAUAAAUGUAGUAUGUACUGGCUUCCUGCUUAUGUGGUGCAGUUCUACAAACAGCAUAGCUUUAACUGCAUACACCUACCUGACCAUCUUUGAUUUUUUCAGCUUAAUAACAUGCUUAAUAAGUUAUUGGGUAAUGAUGAAGAAGCCCAGUCCAACCUAUUCAUUUGGGUUUGAGAGAUUUGAAGUGCUAGCAGUAUUUGCUUCCACAGUUCUGGCACAACUUGGAGCUCUUUUCAUACUAAAAGAAAGUGCUGAACGAUUUGUGGAGCAGCCCGAGAUUCAUACGGGUCGAUUGUUGGUUGGAACCUUCGUGGCACUCUCUUUCAACCUGUUUACAAUGCUUUCUAUUAGGAAUAAGCCCUUUGUUUAUGUUUCUGAAGCUGCAAGUACAAGCUGGCUUCAGGAACAUGUUGCAGAUCUCAGUAGGAGUUUAUGUGGCAUCAUUCCUGGAUUGAGCAGCAUCUUCCUUCCACGAAUGAAUCCAUUCGUCUUAAUUGACCUUGCAGGCGCUUUAGCUCUUUGUAUUACCUAUAUGCUAAUUGAAAUUAAUAAUUAUUUUGCCGUUGACACUGCAUCUGCAGUAGCUAUUGCCUUGAUGACAUUUGGUACCAUGUAUCCCAUGAGUGUGUACAGUGGAAAGGUAUUACUGCAGACAACACCACCUCAUGUGAUUGGACAGCUAGAUAAACUUUUAAGAGAGGUUUCCACUUUAGACGGCGUCUUAGAGGUUCGAAAUGAACAUUUCUGGACAUUGGGCUUUGGUACUCUGGCUGGAUCAGUACAUGUGAGAAUUCGAAGAGAUGCUAAUGAACAAAUGGUACUUGCUCAUGUGACCAAUCGGUUGUGCACACUGGUGUCCACUUUAACUGUUCAAAUUUUCAAAGAUGACUGGAUCAGGCCUACUUUGGCCUCUGGACCUGUUGCCAACAAUAUGCUGAACCUUUCAGACCAUCACAUCAUUCCAAUGCCUCCUUUAAAAACUGCAGAAAACUCUAAUCCUGCUACAUCUACUCCAGCUAAACCAAGCCCACCUCCAGAAUUCUCUUUUAACACACCGGGAAAAAAUAUGAACCCAGUCAUUCUUUUGAACACUCAGACUCGACCUUAUGGUUUAGGCUUCAACCGUGGAACUGUACCUUAUAGCAGCACAUUUACUCAAGGAUUUGGAAUGCCAGGAAUGGGAACAACCCAGGGAUUCAGGACUGGUUUUAUAAAUGCUCCAUACAGAUAUGGGACUGGCACCCGAGAUCAGUCCAAACCCUAGUGAACUUUUCCCAUAUUUAUGUAAAAAAAAUUUCACUUAUUUGAUUCCUCACCUUUUACAAGACCAUUCGAAUUUUCCAGGUGACAGGGAUCAACUGUUUCCAACAAUCAUGAAGAUGUGUUCAUGUUUUCGUUUAAUCUUAAGCAGUUUCUGCUUUCAAGAACUGCAAUACCCUCACUUUUAUAAAUAAAGAGCUGAAUUAUAUUCUUAUUUUCCCCUAAGUGUUACAGCAUAAUGUGGAGAUCCAGAAAAGAACAAAUUUUUUCUUAUUCUGAUCAUUAGGGAGUGUUAUCUGUGGAAAUAAUAUUCUUUAUUAUCUGUCUAGAACUUCAGUACCUCUGAUGCAAUCAUGAACAUUUUAAAAGUCAAAUUUUCCUUUGCUGGAGAAGCAUUUCCUAUACAAAUACCUACUGGAUGUCAAACAGACUCCUGACAUCCAUUUUUGACAUGAAGAGAUGGUUUUAUUUAUAUUAGUUAGGUUUACAAGACUUGUCUUGAUUCUUUUAUGGUUGUAAGUACAGCAGAUUCAUUUUUAUAUUCAUAUUUUUUGCUGGUCAAUAUGCUGGAAAAUAAAGUAUUAAACUUGGA